GCCAUUCAUCGACCUGCCAUGAGCGAAGAUACUCCCAGCACCGGCAAACCUGCCAGUCGCCCGAGAUUGAACAAACGAAAACGAGUCUCGCGAGCGUGCGACUAUUGCCGCGCCCGGAAGCACAGAUGUGAUGGCCGCCGCCCGGCCUGCUCAUCCUGCUCUGCCACCCGCCAACAAUGUAGCUACGGCUCGGGCAUCAAGAAGCGCGGGCUACCUACUGGAUAUGUGCGGGUUCUCGAGCUGCUAUGGGCUCUCGUGUUUAGCGUCAUCCCCAACAGUGCAGGCAUAGUCAGGGAGCUCAUUCCCGACAUUCAGUUUGCCAUUGAUUCCCGGUCAAGGCUGGUCAUGGAUACCAGGCUUAUCAAAGACCCGGAGAUGCUGAGACAGGCUUGGGAGGACAGUGGUUUCCAGGGACAUCUAGAUCGGCUCUUGUCAGAUGUCCAAGAAAGCAGCGACGCAGGUGGAGAUCCUGUCCCUACCGGAAACGACCGAGGCUCUAUCUUGGACCUCCCUCCUUAUCUCAGGUCAUUCGAGGCCAUUCAGAGUGCAUCGGCAGAUACAGCCCGGCUCACCUCGGAUCCCGCAGGCAGCAACAGCGCAGGCACACCCCCUCGUCAACAAUCGCCGGCAUUCGAAGCUCCACCACAAAUAGAGGCGCCACUAACCACUAUUCCUCAAAAUGCCCAGCGCCUACUAGACAUAUACUUCGCCCAUACCCAUUGCUGGCUGCCUAUGGUGCAGAAGCAUAAGAUGCUAGAGCUGCUGCACUCGCCUUCACGAUCUGCCCUAGGAGAAGGGGGAAACCUGGCCACUUUCUGGGCAGUCCUCGCACUCGCGUCCCUCCAACAGUCUCCGGACCCUCCUGUCCCAGCUGGCCAUCGAGACUCACCCUUAACACCCGAGCAGAUCUACGCCAACGCGAGACAACAGAUACCCAGCGAAGGGGCACAGAAGCCCGGCUACGUCCAGGCCUUGCUCAUCCUGAGCCUCUUUAAACUGGAUCAGGGAGAAGUCUCAGCUGCUUGGCAUCUAAUCGGCCAGUCCGUGAGGAUCUGUCUUGAUUCAGGCACGCUGCGCCUUGACGGAAAAGGCCCAGAUGCCCCUUGCGGCGGCGAUGACAGCCAAGGCCGGCUGCUCCUAAGCUGCUUCGUUCUCGACACCAUCGUAUCGUGCCAGUUAGGCAAGCCACCCCAUCUCAGGUCAGCAGAUGUACGGUUCCUACCCGCCCUGGUGGAAACAGGCCCGGAUGAGUGGGAGCCUCGGACUGCGUGCCCUGGCAAGUCCAACGAUAGUAGCUCCUCCAUACAUCAGCCAUUGCGGGCAAUUAGCAUCUUCAACCGCUACGUUGAUGUGAUUCGAAUUCUCAACGAUGCAAUGUCAGAUCCGACAGCGUUGGAUGAGCUCUGCAACGAGCGCUCAUUGGCAUUGAGCCACUGGCAUGAGCAACUUCCACAGCACUGCAUUCUUUCCUCCUUGCCGGGCCAGGAUCAGCUCGAAGCUGCAGAAAGGUUAUCGCCACAGCUUUUCAAUCUUCAUCUUGCCUUCAAGAGCACCGAGAUGUUCCUCAAAGCCCAGCGGUCCCUCACCUCACCGCAUAGACUGCCAAGCACAAGAGGCACAGAGGUUGUCGGCCUCUCAACCAUGCAUCUCAUUUUGAUGUUUGCAAACCGCUUCGGAAUGUCUACUAUGCCUGCUAUAUUCACUAGUUACCAGGCCAUCGGCGACGGAGCGGUCGUCCGGCCCUACCGCGGGGGCUCAAACACCAACCCGCAUUCUGCACGGCCGGAUCUUGCUGUAUGCCGCCAGUCCCCAGUUCAGUCCUGCGAGUUUCCUCCAGGUUGCUUUCCAACGCCGGCAGAGUGUCCCGAGUAUUCCAUGGCUGGCACCAACGACUUGGUGCCCUCCACCGUCCCGUCACUGUCAUGCAACACGGAAGUAGGUUCAAUUACCAAUACACACACUCCGGCCACAGACCUGACUCACGAGCACGGUAGAGAAGCUUGGAAACAUCUGUUCGGCAUCUUGGAGUUGAGUGAGGCAGGCAUUUCAAGCCAGAAAGACCCGAAGGAUCUCGGCUACUUGAACGGGAUGGGAUGGUGA